CUUCCAGGCCAGCUUCCAGGCCAGCUUCCAGGCCAGACUGUGUUUCCCAUCACAUGCAAGCCACCGAGCGCCUGCCCCGUGCUGACGGGCCACGCCAGAAGCCAGCGCUGGAAGCGAGACGGCGUCCGGUGUGGCUAGCGCUGCGUGGUUCGUGCCGGUUCGUGCCGGUUCGUGCCCCAAGAUUCCCAAGAAUUAGGGGGGACGGCCCUAAGACAGGGGCGCGUCGACAGGGGACGCCCAUGCUUCAGCUGGUGGGGAAGACAACAGGCCUGCACAGCGGGCGCAUUGAGGCUCUGAGCAACCUCACUUCGCUCUCCCCUCCUCAUCUGGUCUUCUCGUCCCCGUCGAAGGGCAGCUCCGUCGCGCCAAGGCUCCUCUGCCGCUACACAGGCCCGCUUGCUCGCUGUCCUAUCACCAUCCUGGCCGCCACUCUGCGUCCUAUCUCCGGCUGCUGCCAGCUCCACACCUUCGCCUGCUUGGAUAUAAUCGCCAGCUCCCCAGCGCAGCACCAGGCCACCCUCCCUUCCUCCGAGCAGCGAGCGAGCGGCCCUCUCAAUUGCCUGACUGCCCCCGGUCCUCGGCUACGGUCAGAGAAAAUAGGCCCCCAAGAUGCGUCCCGAGUGCUGCAGCAGCCACCGUGACUGAUCGACAGCCCGUCUGACUGCGCACACCGACCAAACUCACCCAAGGAAGCUGAGUGAUCCGGCUCUCGCCCAGCGGCCAAUGCUGUCUCCCAGCUCGAGCUCUGUGUCCUCGGCCGUCGCCCAGGCCGGGCCGUCCGAAGCAUGCGCCGCCGACUUCCCGGCCCCCGCGGUCCAUCCGCCACCGCCGCAGGACCAGUGGAACAGCAUGCGGCCCAUCAUCACCCGCCUGUACAAGGACCAGAAUCGCACUCUGAAGGAGACCAUCGAGAUCAUGGAGCGAGAUCACCAGUUCUACGCAACACCAAGGAUGUACAAAACACGUAUAAAGAACUGGGGCCUGGACAAAAAGUUCAAGGCUCAGGAGGUCCUGGUGAUGUUGCAGGCCAAAAAGGAGCGCGAAACCGAAAACAAGGACACCGAGUUUGUCGUGCGCGGCACCAAGGUAGACCCGCGCCGCAUGAGGCGGUACCUCCAGCGCAACAAGACCGUUCUUGACCGUUUCAACGAUGCCAGCCUCGACACGGCCCAGUUGCCACCACCGCACUGCAGCCGCUCCGGCGACGACUGCUCCCCCUCCGCCUCGCCAACUAGCCCCCAGGCCCAGGGCCGCCGGGGCAGGACGCCCACGACCAGCACCGCGGUCCAGGUUCGGACACCUUCGCCAGAGCCGCAUCCCACCCCCACGCUCGGCCUCCCUGGCCCAACCCGUGACACUGAGCGUCUCCUGUUUGGCGUGCGCGCAUACAUGGGCGGGUCCUUUGCUGCUGGCACCUGGUUCUGGGACGGGUCCGGGCGUGUACAGAGCCGCAAGGGCGCUCGAGGCGAGGCCCUCAUCCUGGAUGCCUGGACUCGCCUCGAAGUGGUGGCCUCGGGAAUGGCCACGGCCGAGCAGGUCAACGUGUUCGAUACCCUGAACCCAGCCUUUGAGGCGAUCCGCGAGAUUGUGCGCGAGGAGGCUCCGCUGCUAGUCAGUCGGAUGCUGCGGUUGUCGCGGAAGCUGGCCCUACUCGGCAACCGCCAGCUGUGGGCCAUGCUGGUCGACUUCAUCGGUGCCCAGACACAGCGCCUGCUUGGAUCCCACCACAUCCUGCUCGCCAUCUGGCAGCAGUUCCGCGACGUUGACAUGGGCACUGACGAGGAGGUCCUGGAUCGCGCCUUCAUGCUGAUUGUUGCCGAGUUCGAACGCACCAGCUGUGGCUCACCCAUCAACUUCGGGGUCAUGGAGACGAACCGCGACCACUACGACACGGUCUCGUCGUUGUCGCGCCGCCGCAGCCUUGAAGCACAGGAAGCCAGCCUGCGCCAGACACUAGCGCUUACUCCCCACGCUGUCUACGGCACGCUGCCCGCCCUUGGGCUUCGCCACCGCAUGCGUAUCACGUCGUCACUCCUGUUGUGCGAGAAGGAGGAGUUCGAGCGCGCCGAGGCCCUCAUGCUUGGCUCACCCUUUUCCGAAUAUGACGCGCUCGGCAAGUGGGCCAUCGCAUCGCAACACGGCGUUCUUGGACACCUUUACGCGCACAGAGGCGAGCUCGACCGGUCGGAAACGGAAUUCCUCGCCGCCGUCGCCCUGGUCGAGGGUGUCGCCGGCUAUGGCAACGAGAGUUGCUGCGAGCGCAUGAUGGCCAAUCUCGAACGUCUGUACACUUUUGCGCAGCGCCCGGCCGAUGCCGCGAGCAUGCGCGACCGUCGGUUGCAGAGGCUGCUGAGCAACACACCACAGCAGUCACCGCAACCAGACCCGGUCGUAGAUGCGCGAUAUGGCCAUCCUGGUGUUGUCCACGAUGGCCUGGAGCAGCGGCAGAGCGCCCCGGAGCCAACAGUGAAGCUGGAGUGUUACGAGACUCCCUGAACCCACGCCAGCAAAACCUUGGCUUGCUAGAAUAAUAUGGUCUGCGAAAAGGCCUGUUUGGCGCACCGCACACACCCGCACGGCAACCACACCGCGGAUCCAAUCAUACGCACGAAUCCGACUUCGGAUUAUCAGGGCGACGCGGACCACAGCAUUGGAUGCGUCGAGGCGUUGCGAAAUGCGCUAACUGGAGCAGCUCGCAUUGUUCCCGCAUGGGAUCAGCGAGAGCGCGCUCACACGUCCACCCGAAGGACGGACGUACGCUGGUGCCGAAAUAGCAGAAUUCGAGAACGGAGCGAGCGAACAGAGCUCAUCUACUACGAGGCCCUCUCCGGCCUCCUUGGAUCCGUCUUUUGAUACAUCCUUGGGACGCUUUCCCGUGCUUCAUCGCCGAUGGAUACCAGCGCGUUCUCGAUGUUGCCCGGCUGGGCGAACCGGAAGAUCUGGGAGAUAGCGAAAGAGGAGACUUGCUAGACCGGCUAGACGAGUUCCGAUCAUGGCCCUGCCUGCACAUCCACGUUGUGCAACUACAGGAAUUACCUGGUCAGGCUAACACCGGCACCUCCUUGGAUUGAUCGGGCCAUGCGAUCAGAAAGGACCUAGCAUGGAGGACCUCUAUCGGGCCACAAACCUACCUAAUUCCGGCAACUUGGGGCAAGAGAUGCCGCAACCCACUUGUGGUUGGGUAGGAAGACUGGAUGGGGACUGGAUGCAUCAAGGCUCCUCGUGAUUGUUCAAUGGCAUUUCUCGCGAGCCAUUGGCUGUGCGGAAAGCAUGUAGCUCUUCUCGGCUCCAGCUUCCAUCGGUGAGACAGUCGCACAGCGCUGCCUGGCGCAAAGAGCAGCAGACCCUCGACGCUGACGUUCGCUACAAGGCAGAAUCGACACAACAGAUACGACCCAAGCACAUCCAGAUAUCUAACAUAAUACUUG